CUGUGUCACCGGGUCUUGAUUAGGCGGCGGGCGUGAGAGGCGGGGACGGCAGGAAUCCGAGCUGCGCGGGUCUUGCUGGGCUGUCGGGCGGUGCGCGGAGAUGAGGAAGGUGGUCCUGGUCACCGGGGCGAGCAGUGGCGUCGGCCGAGCGCUGUGCCAGCGGCUGCUGGAGGAGGACGACGGGCUGCACCUGUGCUUGGCCUGCAGGAACCGGGGCCGGGCCGAGGCCGUGCGCGCCGCGCUGCUGGCCGCCCGGCCCUCCGCCCAGGUGAGCACCGUGCAGGUGGACGUCUCCGACCUGCGCUCGGUGCUGCGGGCCGCCAGGGAGCUCAGGCGCAGGUUUCAGCGGUUAGACUAUGUGUACCUGAACGCCGGGAUCAUGCCCAGCCCGCACCUGAACAUCGGAGCGCUGCUCUCCAGUCUCUUUUCAAGAAAGGUGAUCCACGUGUUCUCCACUGCGGAGGGGCUGCUGACCCAGGACGACAGGGUCACUGCCCACGGCCUCCAGGAGGUCUUCGCAACCAAUGUCUUUGGCCACUUUGUCCUGAUUCGGGAGCUGGACCCUCUCCUCGGUCGUGGUGACAGCCCGUCUCAGCUCAUCUGGACGUCGUCCCGCAGCGCCCGCAAGGCCAGCUUCAGCCUGGAGGACUUCCAGCACAGCAGAGGCCAGGAGCCCUACAGCUCCUCCAAGUACGCGCUGGACCUCCUGAGUGUGGCCUUGAACAGGAACUUCAACCAGCGGGGCCUGUUCUCCAGUGUGGUGUGCCCGGGGACCAUGCUGACCAACCUGACCUACGGGAUCCUGCCCCGCUUCGUGUGGACACUGAUAAUGCCGAUCAUAUGGCUGCUUCGCUUCUUUGCAAACGCUUUCACCUUGACGCCGUACAAUGGAGCCGAGGCCCUGGUGUGGCUCUUCCACCAGAAGCCCGGGUCCCUCAACCCUCUGACCAAGUACCUGAGCGCCACCACUGGCUUCGGGAGCAACUACGUGACGACGGAGAAGAUGGACCUCGACGAGGACACUGCUGAGAAGUUUUACCGGAGCCUCCUGGAGCUGGAGAGACACCUGCGGGCCACCCUGCUGAGCACCGACUAGCAGAGCGGCGGUGGCCAGAGCAGGCGCCCUCUGUCCUCUGUGCCCGGGCCCCUGGCACGGGGAUGGUGUUGUUUGUGGUGAAGUGAACUCUCCGUCUCCCUUCUGUCCGGCGUUCUCUCCAAGCCUGUGUGUGCUCGUGGAAAAGGUUCACAAGUGAGAAUCACUUGGCUGUUCUCCAGAGUGGUGGCCCACCCCGCUCAGCCAGAGCCCCCGCCGCCACCUCCUGUCAGGGCUCCUGUCCCACAAGCUGGAACCCCAGCCAGGCUCCGGGCCAGGCCUGGCCUCGAGGAGCCAACAUGUGGGCACAUGGGUCCUCCUGUUGGUUGGUCCUGGCGGGGACACGGCCACUCUGAGUGGCAGGCUCAGCUGUGCCCUUGUCCCGGGAGCAUUUUCUUAGGCCUUUCCCUUAACCUUCCCACUGCUCCUACUAGCCCCAUGCUCCAGCCUGGCCUCUCCUGCAGGCGCCACCUGGCUGUCGCAGGAACUAAGGAACUGGUGUGCUGGGGCCGCCUCAAUUAUUUCUUACAAUUUUUUUAAAUUUAAGGUGACAAUUUAAAAAUAUAUUUUUAUUGAUUUUAUAGAGGAAAGGA